CCUCAGAAGAUCCUAUUCCAAUUUGCAAAAAACUACCGGUAGCACCAUGAAAUUCCUCUUGAUCUUUGCUUUCCUGGGAGCAGCAGCUGCUUUCCCCUCAGGUGGUGAUGAUGAUGAUAAGAUAGUGGGAGGAUACACCUGCCAGCGAAACUCUGUGCCCUACCAGGCUUCACUGAAUUCUGGGUACCACUUCUGCGGGGGCUCGCUCAUCAACGACCGCUGGGUGGUUUCAGCUGCUCAUUGUUAUAAAUCUCGCAUCCAAGUGAGACUCGGAGAGCACAACAUUGAGCUGCAGGAAGGGGGAGAACAGUUCAUCAAUUCUGACAAAAUCAUCCGCCAUCCGAAAUACAAUUCUUGGCUCUUGGAUAAUGACAUUAUGCUCAUUAGACUGGAAACCCCAGCUGAACUUUCUGCACAGAUCGCACCCGUUGCCUUGAGUUCCGGUUGUGCGCCUGCUGGGACUGACUGCCUGAUCUCAGGAUGGGGCAACACACUCAGCAAUGGUGUAAAUUACCCCGAUCUUCUGCAGUGCCUGAAUGCUCCAAUCCUGAGUGAACAAGAAUGCAAAGACGCUUAUCCAGGACAAAUCACUGACAAUAUGAUCUGUGUUGGAUACUUAGAGGGUGGCCAAGACUCCUGCCAGGGAGAUUCUGGCGGCCCAGUGGUAUGUGGCGGGGAGCUCCAAGGUGUUGUUUCGUGGGGAAUGGGAUGCGCUCUGGCUGGUUACCCUGGAGUCUACACCAAGGUGUGCAACUAUAUUGACUGGAUCGAGGAGACCAUUGCUGCUAAUGCUGCUUGAUUCAACCCAAAUCUUCUCUUUGCUUCCUGUGUAAUUCAUCUUAAUAAAGAGUAUCAAGGAAAUACGUAGAUCUAUAUUA